UUUAUCGCCAGUAUUAUUCCAAUUGCUUUCUUCCCAGUCUCUCCGCUCUGUUCCUCGACUCCGCGGCUUAGAUCCGAGGAGUUUGGGAAAACCCUAGCCCCAAGCACAAAUCCAAUCGAUCGUUGUUGCGCCCUCUCUUUCCCUCUUCUUCAGCUCCGCUUUCACUGUCAUCGGGCAUGGCUGGCUUGGCUCCUGAAGGUUCUCAAUUUGAUGCUCGUCAAUAUGAUGCCAAAAUGAAUGAAUUACUUGGUACUACUGAUGGAGAAGAAUUCUUCACUUCAUAUGAUGAAGUCUACGAUAGCUUUGAUGCAAUGGGCCUACAAGAAAAUCUCCUGAGGGGCAUAUAUGCCUAUGGUUUUGAGAAGCCCUCCGCAAUUCAGCAAAGGGGGAUUGUUCCUUUCUGCAAAGGACUUGAUGUUAUUCAACAAGCACAGUCUGGAACUGGCAAAACUGCUACUUUCUGCUCCGGUAUUCUACAGCAGCUUGAUUAUAGCUUAGUCGAAUGCCAAGCAUUAGUUCUGGCACCUACUCGUGAACUUGCUCAACAAAUUGAAAAGGUCAUGCGGGCACUGGGAGAUUAUCUCGGCGUGAAGGUCCAUGCUUGUGUUGGAGGGACCAGUGUUCGUGAAGAUCAGCGCAUUCUUUCAAGUGGUGUUCAUGUUGUUGUUGGUACUCCUGGUCGAGUAUUUGACAUGUUGCGGAGACAGUCACUUCGUCCUGACUACAUCAAAAUGUUUGUGCUUGACGAAGCAGAUGAAAUGCUUUCACGAGGUUUUAAAGAUCAGAUCUAUGAUAUUUUCCAGUUGCUGCCUCCAAAAAUCCAGGUAGGGGUGUUCUCUGCCACAAUGCCGCCUGAGGCCCUUGAGAUAACUAGGAAAUUCAUGAAUAAACCUGUGAGGAUUCUGGUGAAACGUGAUGAACUUACCCUUGAGGGUAUCAAGCAAUUUUAUGUGAAUGUUGAAAAGGAAGAAUGGAAGCUUGAGACACUUUGUGAUCUUUAUGAAACAUUGGCCAUAACCCAAAGUGUAAUCUUUGUUAACACUCGUCGCAAGGUUGACUGGCUCACUGACAAAAUGCGCAGCCGUGAUCAUACAGUCUCUGCAACCCAUGGAGACAUGGACCAGAACACGAGAGAUAUUAUCAUGCGGGAGUUCAGGUCUGGCUCUUCACGUGUGCUUAUCACCACUGAUCUUUUGGCUCGUGGUAUUGAUGUGCAGCAAGUUUCUUUGGUGAUCAAUUAUGAUCUUCCCACCCAGCCAGAGAACUACCUGCACAGAAUUGGACGUAGUGGUCGGUUUGGGAGGAAGGGUGUCGCCAUCAACUUUGUGACCAGGGAUGAUGAGAGGAUGCUGUUUGACAUCCAAAGGUUCUAUAAUGUUGUAAUUGAGGAGCUCCCUGCAAAUGUUGCUGAUCUCCUUUGAGGGCUUUUCCCUUGUUGAGGUAAAUUGUUUUUUUAUUUGCAAGUUAUGGUCAUAUUGUUCCUUAAGGUUAUCACCUUAAACAUGUACGAGACUUAUACUUGGGAGUUAAGGGCCCUAUGGUUUUCAUAGGAAACUGGUUGUUCCCAAUUUGUGUGCGCUAGUCAGAAAUUUUGUUGGUUUGCUUUUUUGUUGUAAGUUCCUAAAAUAACUCCUAAAUGUGGAUGUUGUUCGAUCUGACAUUAUUGACUUGUAUCUCCUUUUAAGCUUGUGUAUGAGAAUGGAUGUUAAAUUUUGCAUCUGUUCUUCAUUUCA